GGCCAAACGAUAAUGACAACAUCCUAUUAAAAGCCAUUUACAAAACUGAGGAUAUAAUUCGCCACAUCUUCUCGAACCACGAGAUUCGAUCCGAAUCAACAACCAAAAAGAUUGCCGCGAAUAUUCAAAAUCUGUUUACGCCAAAAGUCGCUGCUGAUAUUGAUGAAGCGUUGAAUACAUCGACAUUACAUUGCGAGGAUUAUAAAAAUGAAGUAUUAACUGUGAUUGGUCCUCAAAAGGAAUUGGCUGCU